AGUCUAAUAAAGUCUAGUGCUUUAAGAUCCAAGCCUAGUGCCUUAACAUCUAAAGCCCCUUCAUAUACACCUUGCGACAGAGAACAAAUGGAGAAGAAUCGCUCCAAUGAAUGGCUCUAUGAGCUCAUUUCCGCUCGUCCUGAUUGCUGGACUGUUUCACAGCAAUGCUAGGCAUGCCAAACAAGCUUCCCUUGGCGCACGUACCUUUCUGUUCACAACAAGGUCUAUAAGAGCCGCACUACUUCCACUGCCCUAUGAAUCACACAACUAUACCCAUCACUCUUUCAAUCCAACACCAUGCGUUUCCUCUCUAUCGUUUCCAGCCUCUUGUCCGUAGCCGCAGCCGCGACUAUCGGUAAGCGUGCUGUCACUCCUGGUACCCUCUCCCAGGUUACCUCCGGUUUUGACGCACCUACCAAGGCAGGCUUCUUCAUCUAUGUUCCCAAGAAGCUUGCUGCCUCGCCGGGUCUCAUUGUUGCCAUCCAUUACUGCGGUGGUACAGCCCAGGCAUACUACAACGGUAGCCCUUACAAAACCCUGUCUGAGCAGUAUGGUUUCGUCGUCGUCUACCCAAGCUCGCCUCAAUCAUGCUGGGAUGUGAGCAGCAAGAAGACCCUCACCCACAACGGCGGUGGAGACUCCAACACCAUUGCCAACAUGGCCAAGUGGGCGAUUAAGGAGUACAAGGUGAACACCAACAAGGUCUUUGUUACUGGUUCCAGCAGUGGUGCCAUGAUGACGAAUGUUAUGGCUGCAGCCUACCCCGAGCUGUUCAAGGCUGCCAUCGUUUACAACGGAGUGCCAGCCGGUUGCUUCGCGUCCCCGUCUGGUGCUGUUGCUGCCUGGAACAGCGACUGCGCUCAGGGCAAGGUCAGCAAGACACCUGCUGCGUGGGCCAAGAUCGUGACCGACAUGGACGCUGGCUACUCCGGCCCUCGCCCUAAGAUGCAAAUCUACCACGGCAAUGUCGAUACCACCCUCCGCCCCCAGAACUACCCCGAGACGAUGAAGCAGUGGGCCGGUGUUUUCGGCUACAACUACGACAAGCCCCAGAGCGUCCAGCAGAACACCCCUCAGAGCGCUUUCACCAAGACCGUCUGGGGUCCCAAUGUUCAGGGUAUCCUUGCCGCCAACAUUGGACACACCGUCCCUAUCCGGGGCGCCGAUGACAUGAAGUUCUUUGGCUUUGCCUAAGAAUGUGCGCAUUUGUCGCCAUAUUCAUCAAGAACAAUGCUUCAGGGGGGGGAGAGUGAAUAGGUUGUUUGAUCGCAUCACCAUGGACACCGUCAUUUGAAACCUACUCCCAAAGAAGCUUCGACUGUAAAUAUUUAUUGUUUCUCUGGAUAGUUUGUUGUUACGCAUCUUGCUGCGUACAACGGCUGUUCAAACCCGUACAUAGACCGGAAUAUCAACGAUAUGUUG